CCAUUGGAAGCCGAAACUGAGAAUAACAACCUGAGCCUAGUGAAGAUGAACGAUGAGGAGCAGAACCACUCAGCCUUCUUCAUCCGGGUGAAGAACCCAGCUGAGCGGGAUGAAUUAAAACCUGGAGACCUCAUUGAGAUCUUCCGUUCUUCUUGUCAGCACUGGGCCAUCUAUGUUGGGGAUCGAAAGGUUGUCCACUUGGCAACUGAACAAGACCAUCUGGCAAAUAGAACUCCCAGCGCCUUGACAAUCAUGUCCGACAGAGCUUACGUAAAGAAGGAUUGGCUGGAAGAUGUCCUACGGAAGGACCAGUACCGGGUGAACAACAAACAUGACGAGACGCACCCACCACUUCCCCUUGCCAAGAUACUCUGGCAGGCCCAGGAGCUGGUGGGCAAGGAGACGCCCUAUGCCUUGAGCAGCCACAACUGUGAGCAUUUUGUGAUGGAGCUACGGUAUGGAGUGGAAAUGAACGAACAGGAAGAAAUUAAAGCUGGUGACCUCAUCGAGAUCUUCCGCUCUUGCUAUCAGCACUGGGGCAUCUACGUUGGGGAUGGCAAAGUUGUUCAUUUAGCCCCUGAAUGCGACCGUCUUGCUAACGGUGCUGCCAGCGUACUGGCGGUCUUGUCUGACAGAGCUUAUGUGAAGAAGGACUGGCUUGAUGUCGUGGUGCGGAAGGACCAGUACCGAGUGAAUAACAAGCAUGACCACACGCACCCUGCGCUGCCACUUGCCAAGAUCCUCCAGCGGGCAGAGGAGCUGGUUGGGAGGGAGAUGCCCUACAAUCUGACUAGCCACAACUGUGAACACUUUGUGAUGGACUUGCGAUAUGGCGUUGCAAUGAGUGACCAGGUUACUGAAGCCAUUGCUGUGGGAACCAUUGGCAUGAUGGGCGUGGCGGCCGCCAUGAUCCGAUCAGCGGCGAAGAGGCGCAAGCACCGCUAUGAAUAGCUUGUGGGGAGAGGCCAGGGGCCUCCAUGGCAGGAUUAUUACCAGCUCUGGGGGUGGUUUUUUUUUGCCUGCCCAGUGUCCUUUAUUUGUUUUCAGACCACCAGACCAAAAAUUAAAUCAGAUUUCCGUGACAGAAGCCACCCACCUACGCCGUGCUUGGAACCAAUAAAACUCUCUUCAGGAUAUAGACCUGUGGCGCAAACUGUUUUGCCGACGACGGCACUAGGUUCCUUUUUUUUGUCUGAUGGACGUUGCGGGCGGUGGAGGCACCAUUGGCCUCUUAUGAGGGUAGCUAGGCAACAGAGAUGGUGGCACUGAGCCUCUCAGCAACCAACAGGUGGUAGCAACCGUGCCCUCUUCUGGCAGCUAGGCAACAGCCUCUUGCUUUGCUAGGCCUAUUGCGAUGGUUGCCAGGC